AUGGCUCGUUCUCUGUCCAUUUCUCUUACAAAAGCAUGUUACUUGACCUCUUCAUCGUCGUCAUCGCCAACGAGAUAUUCUUAUCGUUUACUUACCCUUAGAGCCCAAUCAAACAUUCCUAACAGGAUCAACCAAUUAGAAACUGAUGAUUCUUCUUCUUCUUCACCCUCAGACCCUUUGCUUAGAAUGCUAGAAGAUGCAAUCCAUCGGAUCAUUGUGCGCCGUGCUGCACCUGAUUGGCUCCCUUUCUUACCUGGAUCUUCUUAUUGGGUCCCACCUUCUAGAUCUACAUCUGGCUCUCUAGGGAUUGCUCAUCUUGUUGAGAAAUUGGCUAAUCCUUUGUCUGAUGAGGAGUCCCUUUCUACCACUACUGUUAGAGGAUGGCCCUCCUCAGAUUAUUUCGUUAAAGGUGCACCGCUACAUGUAGUGGAAGUGAAGUUGACUUCAAAGAAAGUAGAGACAGAUACGGCUUCAAGUAUUGUGUCUCAAUCUGAGGAUGAGGAAGGAUAG